AUGUUCUUCUUCUUUAUUUCCUUAAUUUCUUUUUUAACUUUAUAUUUGCAUCGACUGUAUUCUUUCUUUCUUUUUUCUUUCUUUCUUUUUUCUCAGUAUAAACGUGUUUCUUUCUUUCCAAACCGGACUGUUUGUAUCUAUCUAUCUAUCUAUCUAUCUAUCUAUCUAUCUAUCUAUCUAUCUAUCUAUCUAUCUCAGUCUGUACAUAUCUAUCUCUCUAUCUCUCUAUCUCUCUAUCUAUCUAUCUAUCUAUCUAUCUAUCUAUCUAUCUAUUUACAGGAACCUGAAUCUUUCUUUCUACCACUGGCCCGUCUUUCUUUCUCUCUUUCUUUCUUUCUUUCUUUCUUUCUUUCUUUCUUUCUUUCUUUCUUUCUAAAACUGUAUCUUGCUUUCUAUCCUUGCAUAUUCUUUCUUUCUUUCUUUCUUUCUUUCUUUCUUUCUUUCUUUCUUUCUUUCUCAGUCUGUCCCAUCCAAGCUUCUUUCUCUCCUUCCAAACGUGCCUAUUUCUAUCAGUCAGUUAUGAACAAUCCUUGA